UGGCGGCUGCUUCCUAUCUCCAGUCGGCAAGGGCCAAGGGUGCUCAAAAAAUGAACUCGUCGCUGUUGCUUAAUCGGCCAAACAGUAUUCACUCCUUUUCUGUGUUCCAAAACCACAAAACCCUCAAAUUCAAUAUCUUAAAGCUUCAAUUUCCCUCUGCUUUCGCCGAAUUACCUAAGAACAACUGCUACCGAAUCGUUUCCUUUCCACCAAGUUCUCUGCAAGUUCAACUGCGGCAUGACUCGGUUGAGUUCGGUACAGUUUCGUUCUCGCGAGUUAGGGUUUCUUCGGACGAUGCUCGGUUCGGUUCUUUACAGGAUGAUAGCGUGCCGCAGUCGCCGAGCUUUAUGGAGUUUAUAACGUCGGAGAGGGUCAAAGUGGCUGCUAUGCUGGCUUUGGCACUCGCGCUUUGUAAUGCUGAUCGUGUGGUGAUGUCUGUGGCGAUUGUACCGUUGUCGCUUACUCACGGAUGGAGCCGAUCCUUCUCCGGUAUUGUUCAGUCUUCCUUCCUCUGGGGAUAUCUAAUUUCUCCGAUAGCUGGAGGGACUUUGGUUGAUUAUUAUGGUGGUAAGGUAGUCAUGGGAUGGGGUGUCACGCUUUGGUCAUUAGCUACCUUUCUUACUCCCUUUGCUGCUGAAACUUCUUUAUGGGCUCUAAUGGCCAUGCGAGCUAUGCUUGGUAUAGCGGAAGGUGUGGCUCUUCCUUGCAUGAACAACAUGGUAGCAAGAUGGUUUCCACCGACAGAACGUGCCAGGGCUGUUGGAAUUGCAAUGGCUGGAUUUCAGCUUGGAUGUGCAAUAGGACUGACGCUAUCCCCAAUCCUCAUGUCACAAGGUGGAAUAUUUGGGCCAUUUGUAAUUUUUGGACUAUCUGGAUUCCUUUGGGUUUUGGUUUGGUUUUCUGCAAUAUCAAGUACACCUUAUCAAAGUUCCCAGAUUUCAAGAUGUGAAUUGAAGUAUAUUAUGGGCAAGAAGCAGAAAUCUUUUCCGACAGAGAAUAAUACCAAGGCCAGAGUUAUCCCUCCAUUCAGACGCUUGUUGUCUAAAAUGCCAACAUGGUCCUUAAUUAUUGCAAAUGCCAUGCAUAGCUGGGGAUUUUUUGUUAUUCUUUCCUGGAUGCCUAUAUACUUUAACUCGAUAUUUCAUGUUGACCUCAAACGAGCAGCAUGGUUUAGUGCUGUACCAUGGAGUUUGAUGGCGUUCAUGGGAUUCUUGGGUGGCAUGUGGUCAGACAUGUUAAUAAGGAGUGGUAUGAGUGUCACCUUGACUCGCAAGAUCAUGCAGUCAAUCGGUUUUGUUGGUCCUGGGAUUGCUCUUAUUGGUUUGACUACUGCAAAAAGUCCAUCUAUAGCAUCUGCCUGGCUUACUUUAGGUGUUGCACUGAAAGCUUUUAGUCACUCAGGUUUUCUUGUGAACCUCCAGGAGAUUGCUCCACAAUAUUCUGGUGUUUUACAUGGAAUCUCAAAUACUGCUGGGACUUUAGCAGCCAUUGUGGGAACUAUUGGAGCUGGUUUCUUUGUGGAACUGGUGGGUUCAUUCCGAGGAUUUCUGUUGCUUACAUCACUCUUAUAUUUUCUCUCAGCCCUGUUCUACAUCAUCUUUUCUACUGGAGAGAGAGUGAAUUUUGAUUAAACUGGUCAGUACAGCUUUUGUUCUCUAAUCUUAUUUUCUUGAUAGCUGGAUGUUUUGACAGAAUGCUCUAUCGAUUACUUAUGGUAUUUGUUUUUCAAUA